AUGGGCAUAUCCGGCUUGCUGCCCCUACUCAAGAACAUCACGCGUAAUUUGUUGCGAAGCUUCAACAUUACGCCGGUGCUGGUGUUCGACGGAGGAGCACUGCCGAGCAAAAAGGGCCAGGAGGAGAAGCGGCGAAAGUACUUUUCGCCUCCACCAGCUAUUCUCCCCACAGCGUGCGAGUUCGUUGGGAAGCGCCGCGAGGAGCGGGCGAAAGCGGCUGAGUAUCUGCAGCAGGGCAAUCGUACGGCGGCCAACGAUUGCUACCGCAAGGCUGUGGAUAUCACCCCGCGCAUGGCCCACAAGCUCAUCAAGGCGCUCCAAGCAGAGGGCAUCGAGUGCAUCGUGGCCCCGUACGAGGCGGACGCGCAGCUCGCCUUCCUGUCUCACACCGGCUACGUGCAUUCCGUCAUCUCGGAAGAUUCUGACCUACUCCCAUUCGGUUGCAAGCGGGUGCUGUUCAAGAUGGACGGCGACGGAAACGGGAAGGAGAUUCAGCUGUCCGACCUGGGUCAGAACACGCCGCUGCGCUUCCACAACUUCACGCACGACAUGUUCCGGCAGAUGUGCAUCCUCUCUGGCUGCGACUACCUGGCGUCCAUCACCGGGCUCGGGGUGAAGAAGGCGCACGGCCUGCUCAACAAGUACCGGACCAUGGACCGCGUGUUCCGCUUCCUGAAGAACGACCGCAGCUUCAUCGUGCCGCCCGAAUACGAGGAGGCGUUCGAACGCGCGGAGCGCACCUUCCUGCACCAGUCCGUCUACGAUCACAUCAACCAGCGGGUGAUCCCUCUAACGCCGUAUCCCGACGGGAUGGACUCCUCGGCCUUCCCCUUCUGCGGAGCGCUGAUCCCGGACGAUCUGGCACGCCUGAUCGCCUCGGGCCAGGUGGACCCGUACUCGUAUGAGCCCUUCGAGGAGGACACGGCUCCCAAGCCGGCCCCCAUGCCCGCGCCCAGCGCGACGCACCAUGAGAGCGACAGCGGCGCCCACCUCGGGACCAGCCACGAGCCGUGCGACGAGGACGCCCUGACCAUGCGCGCCUCACGGUCCCGUACCUCCCUCUGCGCGUCGUCUGGGUCUUCUGGGAGGAAUGUUGUGGGCCGCAUGCCCAGCUUUGGUGGUGGUCGCAGCAAGAUGCCCCUGCUCCUUCCGCAGCGGAACAGCAUAUCGAGCUAUUUCAGUUCGUUCCUCCCUUCCACAUUCCCAGGCAGGCCAUUUGUGCCGCCUCGCGGGUCCCAGUCCCAGUCUCAGUCUUCGCUGGACGAGACCUCUGCGGAGGACGAGGUGGUCAUCGAACUGAAGAGUCAGGGGGAGGAGGAGGCGCUGGAAGACCAACCGGCGGAGGAGCGAUUACCACCACAGGCGGAGCGCGAUCGCCGCGUGCCGCCUAGGCCACACGCCGCGCGAGCGGAGGCGAUGAUGCACGUCGAAACGGAGAAGCGAUUACGCGAGGAGGACGACGAUGAGCAGGGCUGGGAGUUGGUGAAGAAAUCGACCUCCUCCUACGAAGUGCUCGUGGCCCGCACGCCGUCUCCCCAUUCACGCAGCUUUAAGGUGGCGCCGCGACCCCUUCUGGGCGAAGAAUCGUCGCCCUCGCGCCGCCGACUUCUCUUCGAGGACCAGGUCCAGGUCGUGGUUACCUCCAAGUACUUCUCCACCACCACGACCACCACAACGACCACCUCCACUUCCACGAGCAUCUCCGCUGCCGCCGCAGCCCCGGCUUCGCCGACGUCGACGUCGAUGCCAACUCCGACCGCACGGCGACACAGCCCAGCUGGAAGCGCGGCCGCCGUCGCCGCCUCUCCUAGACCCGCUUCGGCCUUUGAUUGGCUCGAUCGGCCGCUGCUCCUCGACCCGACGGCCCAGUCAGUGGAGGAGAGCGACGAGGAGGACGAAGCGGCGUGGACGGGAGAAGCGGCGGCCGUGCCAAUGACCGGCGAGGAGAACCGCAGCGGCGCACUGGCGGCGUUGCAUAGCAGCGUACGCGUGACUCCGCCGGAAGCCAGGGGCAAGCAGCAGCGCUCGCCCCCGGAACCGUCACUUUCAUCGUCUUCGUCGUCUUCAUCGUUGUCGCCUUCUUCGCCAUCCUCGGCGCCGACCUCGCCGCUGCCGUCUUCAUUAUUCUCAUCCUCUCGGAAACGGCGGCGGGAGGAUGAAGAAGAGGAGACGAACAACCGACUUCGACAUGCGCAGGCAGCCCCGCUCAAGAAGGAGCGAACGUCUUCGCUCAUGGCCAAGGUCGACGAGUUCCUCCGGAGCGAUGCGUUCGACGACUCGCAGCGAGAAGACGAAGACAACGACGAGGAGGAGGACAGGCGGCCGUCGCCGCCGCCCAAGGUCGAGGAGGCCAUCGACCUCACGUUCGAAGAGCUGCCAGAGUUCCAGAGCCCCAUGAUCUCCAGCGGCAAGCGUUUGUCGACGCCCCUGGGCUUCUUGUCACGCGCCAAACAGCAGAAGGCACAGCGGCAGACGCCCAGUCCUGGAGAGUUGUUGUAG